CUCGACAAGGCAGUAAUAUAUGAACAAUUUACUUAACAUGUAGCAAACUAAACAUAAAAGGAUAGCUGACGAGCAGGUCUUCAGGCUCGAGUUAACUCCGAGGCCAAAUAUCAAGACGGCAGUCCCAACGAUGAACACAAUUGAGUUCACGUAUGUUACGAAGAUUGUCCAUAUUGUCGGCGGGACUCUCGUCCACCUCAAGUCUCUAGUGGCUUGGAUUCUCCGUUUUAAACAGAUCGAUGAUAUAGAAAUCAUCAAUAGUAAUAGAACAGCAAAUGCAGCUAGCCCCGCUCUAGAGAUCUCCUCGGGAUCAUAAUUCCCGCGGGGAUGCGGGAGUGAGGAGGUCAUGGUAAGCUUUCCCGCCUGAACGGGAUCUGUGGAGUGGGGUUUUACCGCUUGUGUGGGGCUCGACUUUGUUCUUAUAAGACGCCCAUGCAUUCCACUCUUCAAUACAGACAGAUUGUGCCCCUCUCCACCAUCGUGCAUCUGCAUCGAAAUCCAAUAUUCCAAUUUGACCCUUUGAGAGCGAAUUUCAGGUGAUUUCAGUUAGGGGUAGCAACUGAACCGUGUCUCAUUGGAUCAAUGAACGACAUCUCGUGUUCCGAACUCACUCCGUAUCCUAAAAUAUAUCACAGCGUUUUCUGCACUGGCGGGACUGGCCAGAGCUUCCGCAAGACGGAGGGUGUGUUUUGCGU